GAUGCUUUGCAUGUGGAAUGGAAAAUGGAUUCCGAGUUUAUAAUGCAGAUCCACUCAAAGAAAAAGAGAAACAAGAAUUUCUAGAAGGUGGUGUUGGCCAUGUUGAAAUGUUGUUUCGUUGCAACUAUUUAGCACUAGUCGGGGGAGGAAAGAAGCCGAAGUACCCGCCUAACAAAGUAAUGAUCUGGGAUGACCUGAAGAAGAAGACCGUCAUUGAGAUAGAGUUUUCCACAGAAGUCAAGGCAGUUAAGCUGCGAAGAGACAGAAUUGUGGUAGUCUUGGACUCGAUGAUCAAAGUUUUCACAUUCACACACAAUCCCCACCAGUUGCACGUCUUUGAAACCUGCUACAACCCUAAAGGUCUCUGUGUCCUUUGUCCAAAUAGUAAUAAUUCUCUUCUUGCAUUUCCUGGAACACAUACUGGGCACGUGCAGAUAGUGGAUCUCGCUAACACAGAAAAGCCUCCUGUGGACAUACCAGCUCACGAAGGAGUCUUGAGCUGUAUAGCUUUAAACCUGCAGGGAACAAGAAUUGCAACAGCAUCAGAAAAAGGGACCCUCAUUAGAAUAUUUGAUACUUCAUCAGGGCAUCUAAUCCAGGAGCUCCGACGAGGAUCGCAGGCAGCCAAUAUCUACUGUAUUAACUUCAAUCAGGAUGCUUCCCUCAUCUGCGUGUCCAGCGACCAUGGCACAGUGCACAUCUUUGCUGCAGAAGACCCUAAAAGAAAUAAGCAGUCAAGUUUGGCCUCUGCCAGCUUUCUCCCCAAAUACUUCAGUUCCAAAUGGAGUUUUUCCAAAUUUCAGGUUCCCUCAGGCUCUCCGUGCAUUUGUGCCUUUGGAACAGAGCCAAACGCUGUCAUAGCAAUAUGCGCAGACGGCAGCUACUACAAGUUCUUGUUCAACCAAAAAGGGGAAUGCUCCAGGGAUGUCUAUGCUCAGUUUCUAGAAAUGACAGAUGACAAGCUUUGACUGGGCUGAGGGGGCGCAUGGGUCAAAGCGCUGCCUUGGCUGUUCUACGGCUUUGGAAGGACAGUAUAUGAAUGUCCAACUCUGAUCCAGCAGUUUAGCAGACCUCACUGAGAAGCCUGGCCCAACGCGAUCAGAACAAGCUCUGAAGUAGUGGACUACGUAUCUUUAUUCUCAUUUCUGCAAGUGUUCAUCAUUAAAAUCUCUUUGGGUUACUGUC